GCACACUCUACUGUUUAGCUUCUCGGUGGCGUGAGGAACGGCACGCUGGCUGCUCGAAGGCGACGACGGUGCAGUGGAUCGGGCGCUGCCGACCAGCGUGCGGCGCACUGCAAUAUCUACAGCUAGAAGGGCGGACUGCUACGCCAUGCAUCACGUGUUUGCCAAGAUCAACAGCUCAAACCGCGCAAGGCAGCGCAAGGUCCUGUACCGAAUCUGUGUAUGAGUGUGCGUGGCUGACGCCGCUUGUGCAAGGCGCAUGAAAUCGUGUACGGGUUCGGCCCAGAAGCACGGCGAUGAAGAAAGAGAAGCUUGGUGAUGUGAUGCAGUCCCUCGGCUCCAGCAUGGAAGAAGGCAGGAAAGGAAUAUGGCUGGGGGAGGUGAGAGAAGCGAGCUCAAGUUUUGUGGUGUCUGUGGUGACAAGGCAUUUGGCUUCAACUUUGGUGCCCUCACAUGUGAAUCGUGCAAGGCCUUCUUCCGACGAAACGCCAUUAAGGACAAGCUUCCCUCUGGACUUGCACGUUGGUAGAAAGGAAUUUCGCUGCCUCUUCAAAGAUGACUGCGAGGUGAACACACGAACACGACGUUUCUGCCAGCGGUGCCGCCUGCAGAAAUGUUUUGCCAUCGGCAUGAAGAAAGAAUGUAUCCUGAGUGAAGCCGAGAAGCGUGAGAAGCGUGCCAAGAUCGAAGAGAACCGCCUUAAGCGUGCCUUACAUCCACGACAGAGAACGCAGCUAUCAGAGGAUGACGAUGAAGGCCCAGUCAAGGUGGCACGCUAUACAUCUGAGCUUGAGCUGGCAAGCAAUGCAGGGCCAUCAAGUGGCCAGCAGCCCAAGGCAGACCGGCCUGACUCAUGCUGCUCAGACUUAGAAUCCAGCAGUUCUGACUCGUCACAGCUGCCAUGGCGUGACCAGUGCGGCUCCUCACAGGUUGUGCAUGACCGGGCCAUCCGUAGCCAGUUCUAUCGAGUGCCAGGCUCAGAUGUGCUGACCGAAGCUGAAACACACCGCAUCCAGGAGCUGGCCACGGCCAACCAGGUGCUCAAGGUGCCGCUGGCCUGUGAUCCUGAACCCAGCCUGGUGGAUGUGAUCAACAUGACGGACCAUGCCAUACGGCGCCUGAUAAAGAUGUCCAAGCGCAUUGCCGCCUUCAAGAGCCUCUGCCAGGAAGACCAGGUGGCACUGCUGAAGGGUGGCAGCACCGAGCUCAUGCUGCUGCGCUCCGUGAUGUCGUAUGACGCUGAGCGCGACUGCUGGAAGGGACCUGAUCCACGGCUCAUGUCUAUUCGGGUGGAUAUCCUCAAAGAGGCACGGGGCAAUGUUUAUGAGGAGCACAAGCGCUUCAUCAAUGCAUUCCGGCCCGAGUGGAGACUAGACGAAAACAUAAUGCUGCUGCUCAGUGCCAUCACACUGUUCACGCCUGAGCGGCCCAACCUGGUGCACCGAGAUGUGGUCAUGUUUGAACAAGAUACAUACCUCUACCUGCUGCGGCGAUACCUAGACACCCGCUACUCAGGCUGCGAGAGCCGGUCAGUCUUCCUGCAGCUCAUCCGUAACCUUGAAGAUAUGCGCACGCUCAAUGAGAACCAAGUCAGCAUACUGGUGGACCUGAACCCCCAUGAAGUUGAGCCAUUGCUUAUAGAGAUUUUUGACCUCAAGUAGGUGGUCAUUGUUGAAAUUGUGCAAAGUUCUGUCAUCGUGAUAUUCAAAUACUGGGCAGCAAAGCUGUCACAUUGUGGAAUUAAAUGCAUUCUGGACUCA